ACCGGCGUGUAUACAUGAAAGCACCAUAAACCCUAAAAGCCCUAAAACACCCGCGCCAGCCAUCUCAUUUGAAGUCGGUAGCACCUCUACUCCUCUGUGGGUUUUAGGGUUUAUCAAUUACACUCUUAAAAACUCUCAAUUAGCUCAACGAAAUCUCUUCAGCAAUCUUCGUUUCAAUCAUCUUCAAUGGCGACAUCGAUUGCGUCACAGCUACAAGCAAUUAGGUCAAUUGUUAAAGCCGACACAGACACUCUGAAAAGACCGUUUACUCGCCCCUCAAUCUUGUUCGAUGCUAAAGAAGCUGCUGAUAUUGACCUUGAUGCUCUCUUCGACCUUGCUCAAUCAGGGUUGGAGGCUCUUGUGACACAAGAUGAACGAUUUGCGAAGUACAAGAAUGAUUUGUUUGCACAUAAGAGUAAAGAAUUGGAUAGAGAACUGAUGGGUGUUGAAGAGAAUAACCAAAUUAAUGCUACAAUUAGCUCUUAUUUGCGGUUGCUUUCAGGACAUUUUCAAUCACCUUCAGCCUUGCGGACACUUGAAUAUCUAAUUCGUAGAUACAAGAUCUAUGUUUACAACACAGAUGAGCUGAUUUUAUGUGCUCUACCUUAUCAUGAUACACAUGUCUUUGUACGUAUUGUGCAACUUCUUGACACAGGACAUGGUAAAUGGGCGUUUCUUGAGGGUGUUAAGAUAUCUGGUGCACCACCCCCCAGGAAGGUUAUUGUGCAGCAAUGUAUACGCGAUAUGGGGGUUUUAGAAGCUCUAUGCAACUAUGCUUCACCUGCCAAGAAGGUUCAACCGUCAAGGCCUGUGAUAAGCUUCUGUACUGCUGUUGUUAUCGAGGUUUUGGGCUCUCUUCCAGCUAUUGAUUCUGAUGCUGUAAAGAGAAUUCUUCCGUAUGUGGUUUCAAGCCUUCAGAUUCAUUCAAAAGGAAAUACAGAUCACAAGGCUGGGGCUUUGAUGAUUGUUGGCUUACUAGCUAGUAGAUCAACAUUAUCUUCUAGUCUUAUUAAAAGCUUGAUUCGCUCCGUUGCUGACGUGGCGCGUGACGAUGCAGAACAUUCUACUGAUUUACAGUUGUUUCGAGUGUCAUUCAUGGCCUUGGUGAAUGUUGUACAGUUUCAAUCGGUGGAAGUGCUCUCUAAAAAAGUUGUGGAUAUCUUGAAAGAAAUUCGGGAUCUUACGGGGAUUCUUUCUGGAUUGACCAAGGAGUUCAAUAUUGAUAAGUUUCUUGCCGUCCUUUUGGAAUCACUCAUGGAAUAUAGUUUUGAAGACGACAUGUGCCAUCAGGCACUUCUUUCUAUGAUCGAAACUGUUCCUGUUAAUGCUCUAGCUGGCCGUCUAGUCUCAAAAGUACUUUCUAUCUCUAAGAAGUUAUAUAAGAAAGGGAAUGAAACAUCAUCUACAGCAGCAAAAAGCAAGUUGAAACAAAUCUUGGUCUCCAUUAAUGUUCAUUAUUCACUGGAAUUACGAGAAGCUGUUCGAAGUUCCUUAGAGGACAUUGAAGUGAAAUCCAAGAAAGAUAAUUCUGCAUAUGAAAUUCUCUGUAAGGCAUUAGAUGGAGGCUUGGACUCAUCUGCAUCAUCCGAUUCAAAGAUUUGGUUUGGACUUGAACAUCCAAAGGCUACGGUUCGGAGGGCUACUGUUAUGAGCUUGGAUGCGGAUUCCAGUCUUGGGGAGAAGCCUGUUAAUUCUCAGAAACUUCAAACUUUAAAUGAUGCACUGCUGAGACGGAUUUAUGAUGAUGAUCUAAGUGUGGUCCAGGCGGUGUUAAGUAUGAAAAGAUUGUCUGAGUUCAUAAAACAUUCAGAUCUUCUAGAUGGCCUUCAGAAGGUGCUUAAAAGAUGCACAAGUAUAUUAUUCUCAAAGGGAUCAGAUAAUACAACUUUGGCUGCUGAUAUCACUGAGUCAUGUAUUAAGCAUGUAAUUGCAAGCCUCUCAGGCCAAGAAGGAUAUGCAAAAGAGCUCGCUGCAAUGAUAUUUCCUCUAAUAUUAGCCACGCCAAAGAGUCAGAAAACAAAUAUGGCGGCUUUAAGUGCAGCAAAGGAGUUAAAAUGGCCUCUUUAUCACGGAGUUGACUCCAGCUCUGAACAGAAAUUGACGUUUGAAAAGAUUUCUGAUCUUAAUAUGCGUAAUAUCGAUGCCAUGGCGGAAUAUUUUUCGGCCAACUUUGACGAACAUGUACGGUGGUUUGUUGGAUACUGCGAUGAUUUGGAAUCGUCCAAGACAUUAUUUUUCAUGAUUUUGUUGCAUGCACUGAUGAAACCACAAAAAGAUUUUGGGCAGUUUUCUGCAUUGUACGAAUCCUGUUUUCCAAUUGUUUUAAAAGAGUGGGACAGGUUAGAGGCAGCUGGAUUUGGAAUUUCUACAGAAGAGUCAAUCAAAACAAUGUUGGACAACGAUUGCAAAGCAUUUCUUGAUAACAUGCAUGACAUGGGAUUUGAGGAGUUGAACGCUGAGAUAUUAAUAUGCAUAUUCCGGCGGUUAUUGGAUGCCUUUUUUGCCACAACUUGUGAGGAUGUCUCUAAGGAUGAAAACAAGAAGCGGGAAGUUAUUCUUCAUAAAUUUUUUUCAUUUUUUGCGUCUCAUUCAAAGGUUAUUUUCAAGGAGCAUCUUCAUCAGCUUGUUUCAAAACAGAAGAGCUCUCCCGCUAGCUUUUUGUCUUCGCUUUUUACAGACGAAAGUGUUGCUGUUACUGUCCAAAAAGAGAGUCUACACUCAUUUGCGUUUAUUUGCUUUCAGUUAGAGGAGAGAAUUCGUUUAGAAAAUGAAAUAGAUGAGAGCUUACUUCUUCAACUACCUGCUGAGUUUCCUUCCAUUCUUGUUCCACUGUCUAGCGAUGACCAGGAAAUACGGUCAGCUGCCAUGAGCUGCGUUGAAGGACUAUUAACUUUAUGGCCACAUGUUAGUUUAUCUGGUGGGAAAAAUGGGAGAAGUGCUGUAUGGAGUCACUUUCUUGGAGAAAUUUUGGCGAUGAUGGUUCAACAAAAGAAGCUUAUUGUAUCCGACACCGAUUUUCUCUCUGAAUUUUUUACAACAUUGCUAAGCUCUUCGCACCAUGGAUUGCUGGUGCCACAUAGUGUUGGAGAAAGAUUUGAUAGGCCCACAAAAGACAGCAUACUGAAAUUUAUCUUGUGCUCGGCACUAUCGUUAUGUCCUUACGGAAUCAUGAAAAUAGUAUUCUUGCUUCAAGGUUUGGGAAACCAAGUUAUGCAAGUAAAAGAAGUUAAUACUCUGCUACAUGAUCUGUUAGAAAGACGCAAGAAUUAUCAUACGACAUUGUCAAAGAUACAAGUCAAAGUCCUUUGUCUUCUACUAGAGUGCUGUAUGAAGCUUACCUCAGCAUCCGUUGGGCAUUCUGUUGAUUCAUACAUUUUGAAGGCACUUCAGGUUGAUCGUUCAUAUUCAGAAGAUUUUUCCAUUAUACAGCCUUGUGCAACUGUUUUGAGAUGCCUUAAUAGUUCUUUGUAUGGAGGUUUCAAGCCUGAAAUUCAGGAACUUUUAUUUCAAGAACUUGUGUGUGUGUUUCGGAGCUGUAAUGGUGAAAUUCAGAAUGCUGCAAGAACGGCCUUGUUACAGAUAAAGGUUUCUAGCUCGACGAUACAUCGGAUGCUUGAUUUUGUUUUGGAAAAAGCAGCUCCUUCAACUGGUACACCACACGGAAAGAAGAAAAAGAAAGCCACUACCCAGCUAAAAUCUGAACUACAUAACGAUGUUGGUCAUAGGGGCUGCAGCAAGCUCUCGUUUUUGAGUUCUUUACUUGAUGUCUUGUUACUAAAGAAAGACAUAGAGAACAGGACCACUCUUGUAGAGCCAUUGUUUAAGCAUCUUAACAUAGUUUUUACGGACAAAGAGUGGAUAAAUGAAGCUGUUAAGCAGGAUGAACAACAUGCAGAAGCGUCUUCUGAUGUCUCACAAAGUACACUAUGUUACAUACAACAAAAUCUACUUUCAGUCCUCGAGGAUAUUACCAAUUCCCUUAUUGUCACUGAUAGAGUACAGGAUGGAAUUGUUGAGAGUUUUGACAUAAAGCUAUUGGUUAGUUGUGUCCGAUCGACAGAUGAUGCAGCCACACGUAAUCAUGUGUUUUCAUUGUUAUCAGCAGUUGCAAGGGUUAUGCCGGACAUAGUUUUGGAUCACAUACUUGAUAUUCUUACUGUCAUUGGCCAAUCGGCUGUAACACAGUGGGACAGCCACUCAAAGAAAGUAUUUGAAGACCUCGUAUCAACUAUUGUGCCUUGUUGGCUAUCCAAGACUGAAAAUCAAGAGGAACUGUUGCAGGUUUUUCUGGAUAUUUUACCGGAUGUUGCUCAGCAUAGGAGACUUUCUAUUGUUGAGCAUCUUUUGAGGACUCUAGGGGAGACAAGCAGCCUAGCUUCAGUACUUAUCCUCCUUUUUCGCUCAUUGGCUUCAUAUCAAGAUAACACAUUGGAGCAUGUAUCUGCAAGUGUACGUACACAGUGGCAGUACACUUUCGCCUUACAAAUUUCAGGGCAGUAUUCAUGCUCGAUCUGGCUUCCGUCACUUGUACUGAUGCUUCAGAAGCUUGAAAUGGAAUCAUGGGACCCACAACUUGUCGUGCAAAUUUUAGUUGCAAUGCAGUUUAUUAAUGACAAAUUACAAGAUCCGGAAAUAUCGUUCAAGCUUAAAUCUGGUGGAGAUGACAAUAGCAUUCAGGAAACAUGUGGGGCACUUAUGAAGCAUGUUGCCACUUACUUGCAACUGGUUGGGUCAAAGAGAAAGGAUCUCGGUGUUCCAGCCUCGCUCGGAAAAGAACUAAAAGAGCUCAUGCACGCAGUCUUGACGUCUGUCAGAAAGGGGCUCCUGCCCUCUACUUACUUUCAAGUCAUCAUCACAUUGUUGGGUCAUGCAGACCUAAGUUUGCGAAAAAAAGCUCUCGGGCUUCUAUGUGAUGUGGCAAAAGAAUGCAGCACAUUAACACAAAAGCAUAAUAAGAAGGUUGUUAAUCCAAGCAUAAGAAGCUCAUGGCUUCUGUUUGACGAAAUUACAUCACAACAUUUUGAGAAAAUGUGUCAGGAGAUCUUAAAAAUAGUCGAUGACAGUGCAGAUACUUCUAAACAAACUUCCUUGAGGCUAUCAGCGGUGUCUACCCUUGAAGUUUUAGUGACAGUUUUUCCUUCUAGUGACUCCGUCUUUAACACAUGUCUAGCAACGGUUAUUAAGCAUAUACAUUCUGAUGAUCUGGCAGUCUCUUCCGGAUGUUUCCGGACUGUUGGCGCGUUAAUUAACGUGCUUGGGCCUAGAUCUUUACCUGAACUUCCUAGUAUCAUGGAUAAUGUGUUUAAGAGGUGUCAUGCUGUCUCUUUGUGUGAUAAUUCAGAACCCCAAGACAGUGAAACUUCUAAAGAAUCUCUCUUCAUGUCCAUUCUUGUUACCGUAGAAGCGGUUAUUGAUAAACUUGGUGGUUUCUUGAAUCCGUAUCUUGGUCAAAUUCUGCAACUUUUAAUUUUGCGUUCUCAAUAUGCAAAUAACUCAAGUUCGAAGUUGAAGCUAAAAGCUGAUGCUGUACGGAAACUUAUAACAGAAAGAGUUGCUGUUCGACUUUUGCUUCCACCUCUUUUGAAGAUAUACUCUGAAGCAGUCCAAUUUGGAGAUUCAAGCUUAUCAAUUACUUUCCAGAUGUUGGGGGAUUUCAUUAGUACUAUGGACCGAUCAUCUGUAUCUGCUUUUUAUUUAAGUAUCUUUGACACGUGUUUGCUUGCUCUUGAUAUCCGCCGCCAACGCCCUACUUCAGUCAAGAAUAUUACUGCUGUAGAGAAGGAGGUUAUCAAUGCAAUGGUGGUUCUUACAGCGAAACUUACGGAAAACAUGUUCAAGCCUCUUUUCAUUAGGUGUGUUGAGUGGUCCGAAUAUGUAGAACAAAAUGAUGAUUUAGGGCUUGCAAAUGUUGACCGUGCAAUAUCUUUCUUCAGUUUAACACAAAAGCUUGUCAGUAGCCACAGAUCGCUGUUUGUUCCAUACUUCAAAUACAUUCUUAAUGGAUUGGUGCGUCAUCUGACCGAUGAAGUUGCAAAAUCCGGUCCAAGUCAAAAGAAGAAAGCAAAGCUUACAGGCCCGGAUGUAUACAAGAGCCAAGAAAAUUCUAGUUUGUCUGUUGGAAAAUGGCAUGUGAGAGCGCUGGUUUUGUCCUCUCUUCACAAGUGUUUUCUCUAUGACGCUGGAAACCUUGCGUUUCUUGAUUCCUCAAAUUUCCAAGUGUUGUUGAAACCUAUUAUCUCACAACUUGUGGUUGAUCCACCAACCUCUCUUGAAGAUCAUCCAGAUGUACCCUCGGUUAACGAGGUUGAUGAUGUGUUGGUUUCUUGUGUUGGACAAAUGGCUGUUACUUCCGCCAGUGACCUUCUCUGGAAGCCACUUAAUCAUGAGGUUUUAAUGCAAACACGGAGUGAGAAGGUACGAACCCGAAUACUAGGGCUAAAGAUAGUGAAGUUUUUGGUGGAUAAUUUGAGAGAAGAAUAUUUGGUAUUCUUACCUGAAACCAUCCCGUUCCUUGGCGAAUUACUCGAAGACGUGGAAUCGAAUGUUAAAUUGUUGGCUCAGGAAAUUCUAAAGGAAAUGGAAAGCACGAGUGGAGAAAGCCUUCGCCAGUAUUUGUAACAUCCUAAUUAUCAAACAAUCCACAUCAACUCGGUCAUAAUGUAAGUUUUGGUUUUCUGGUAAUGAGAAUGACCUCAAAAAUUUUGUAAACUAGGAGCCUUUUUUGACAUCUGGUUUGGAUUUUUAUGGUGUUAUGCUAAGCCCCCCAUUCCAUAACAUUAUCUAUUUUUCAAGAUAUGCAUGUAUUAAUAUAAACUAGUAAAAUUUCCACGCGCGUUGCGGGGGAAUUUGGUCGGUA